AUGAUCCUGCGUGGGGAUGCCAUUAGCCAGCGCAUUGACGAUAUCACGGCUACACUGCGGGAAUACGUCAACACAUGGGGCGUUGAUCUAUAUGCCAAGCCUUUUUGGCAUGAAAAUGAUGCCUACAACGCGGAUUGGUAUUCUGACCAAGACCGAAGCUUACCUAAUCUCCUCAAGGAUGGAGCAUUUGUGGAGGGGCACACUGACGAUGUCGUCGCAGAAAUUGCGGGUGCAUAUGGCAGGAAAGUGAACGUUGGUGCACUGACAUCCGCUUGGUAUCAGGAGAAUGUCUUUAUUAUUAAGCUUUCUGACUCGGUUCAGGGCACUAAGCCCUGUGAUAUUGACUGGGAGUCUACUUUCGAGACAACUUGCACAUGCAUCGAUGAUGUGGCAUACGUCUUCCAUAAGGCCAAGACGUCUAACAACAACGGGAUGACGACUUUCCCUAUUGAAAAGCCUCCAAAUAUCGACAAUCUGGACGACUUCGAUCUGCCCAAUCAGGAAACUCUCAUCAAUGCGGCUAUCAAUUCGCAAGAUCUUGGGGGAUACCUAAAGGGUUGGUCGGCGUUAGAGAUGCUUGAGGACUGGCCAGAGGUGGACACAACCAAAAUGUUCAACUUGCCAAUUUGUGAAUUGAAAGUUGGCAGUACGAUGAAAGGCCAAAAGACGACUAAUGUUGAUGUGAGUCGCAUUCUUUAA